GUGACAUACAAUUUCCUUUACAUCUGAUAUUAUCAUCAGUAAUUUAAACCUUCCGCUAUGGAAAGAAUCUCAAUAGGUUUUUACGUUCCCCUUUUAAUUCAUCAUGGAACGGCAAAUAUUGUCGUUGGAUAUAAUCAUUUAACAUCAACGUCCAACAAUACCCAAUUAAAAUUGGUUGCGCAAUUUGGAUUUAGAUAUUUAACAAUAUGGAAUAUGAUUUUACAAACAUGUUAUUUAAGUACGGUUGUAAUUUGUUAUGUCUUAGCGAGAAUCGAUUAUAAACAAUGUAAAAGUUACGCGAAAAAAUUGGAGAUUAUUUUGAAAUUCGUUAACGUUUCCAUCGUAUCUCCUAUUUCUAUUUAUAUAGUUUUAUUAUUUUGGUCUGUUUUCACCGCAAAUAGGGAGUUAAUUUACCCAAUUAUAAUUGAAGAUAUUGUACCGGCAUGGGGAAAUUAUUCAAUGCAUGCUGUUAUUAUCAUCUUACCGUUAAUUGAAGUGUUUUUACAAAGAAGUAUUCGCAUGCCGAUUUUUAAACAUUCCAUUUUGGCGUUAACAUUAUUUUUAACAAUUUAUGGAACUACGCUUUUAUGUACAUUUUAUUUCAACGAAAUCUGGUUGUAUCCAUUUUUGAAGUUUAUGCCAUGGGCAAGUCGGAUUUAUAUGAUAUUUGUAAGUUAUAUCGUUUGCGUUUCUUUGUUAACGUUAACUUCUUUUGUUCAUAAAUCGGUUUUUAGUAGAAAUAAAUUUAGAGAUUAAGAAAAUUAUUUGUCAUUGAAAAUUGAAUUUAUCAAUAAAACGUUAAGUAAUA